GUAUCACAUUAUACGACGACAACCAAUAGAAAACGUGGGGAGUUUUUGAAAAUUUUGAGCGGUGGAUUGAAUGUCCUCCCGGUGUUUAUGUGCAUAUGUUUCUCUUAUACUAAUUUCUUGAUACUUUGUGGCUUUUCUUAUGGAAUAAAAUGUGAUGUCAGAUAGGGGUCUUGAACUUCGUAUCUGGAAAAAUAAAUUAUAUAAUUUGCAGCGCGAAGCUCCUACUCCACAUGUUAUCCCUUGUACUCAAGCUUUGAAGCACUGUCCACCUCAGUAUGGCAUUGAGUACCACGGCCCAAUAUCACGUCAACAAACAGAGGAAUUACUUGCUAAUGCUGAAGAUGGAUCAUACCUCAUUAGAGACAGUCAGCGUGCUGAAAAUGCAUACACGUUGGUUAUUUGGUUCGAUAAGGUCGCGAAAAACUUCAAACUUUUCUACGACCCUGUAAGCAAGCAACAUUAUGUUGGUGAGACCAAGUUCGACACAGUAGAACUGCUUGUCGCUGACGGUCUCAUCCAUUUUUAUGUGGAAACGCGUGGUGCAGAUGUUUUAAAAAAGAUUGCGGAAGCUAACAUUUAUGAAAAAACACCAUUUUACAAGGUCCGUUAUCACACUUUCAAUGCGCAAGCAGUGGAAGCAUGUCUUAAUCUAAAGUCCUCUGAAAACAAAUUGAUGACUAAAGAACGUCCUCUACCCUCUCCCUUAAAACAUCUCCAUGCUUCUCAGCGCUAUGCAAAUAAUUCAAAACAACCAUUGGCAACUCGUCGGCAGUCAAUGGAUGCAAGUCAUCUUGAUGGGCAUGUUAAAUCUCAAUCCAUUGUCUGUACAAAACCCCUUAUUCGUGAUUGGCCUGAUGAUAAACAUGAAGUUAAAGAUUAUCGUAAUUAUCCACCAUUAGCGACUAUUCAACAGUCCGUGUGCAAUUCACCACAGCAACAAACUAUUGUUACAGCUAUCCCUCCUUCUACCAUUGAAGUAGGAUUUUCUCAUUUAAGAUUAGGGCCACCUCCUGUAGGUAAACACUCUAUUGUAAGCUCUUCACAGUCUUCCUCUGAUGUUGCAUCUUUCACAACACAAACUGUUUCACAUAAUACAAACUUAUACACCAAUUUUCCUGCUUCAGGAUCAAUAUUUUCUGGUCCAAAUUCAUCAUCUAUUAUAUCCUCUGAUCUGCGACCAAUUAAUCAACCAAUUUCGAAUUUUUCUCCAAUAACACCACUGAACAAUGCAGUGGCUUUUAAAACUGUUCCCUCAAGUGAUCAAUCUCUUCCAAUCGGUUCAACUUUACUUCAAGCACCUCUUGCUACUUAUUGCUCUGGUGAUACAAGUAGUAUAGGUUCAUGUACAAAUAGUAACUCUAGUAGUAGUCAAUCAGGUCUACUACCUGGUGUUCAAUCGUAUGAUCUGGAAUCUGAAUUUUCCUCAGAAUCACCUGCUCCAAGACAUACAUCAUCAGGAAGUAAUCUGUAUGAUCAAUAUUUUUCAAAUGGAACUUCUAAAUUGAAUGGAAGUGCAUCAAGUUCAAUUAAACAACAAAGUGAUACAUCCUAUACUACAGAUUCUGAUAAUGCACAAAAUGAUGCUAUGCGUAAUUUACAAGAACGUUAUAAUUUACCGAUUGCUUGUCUACCUGAUCCAUGUACAUUCAUUUCUAAUGUGAAACCACAUAAUUUUAGAAUUCAUACAUAUCGUGGACCACAUUGGUGUGAUUAUUGUACUCAUUUUAUUUGGGGAUUAGUUGCUCAAGGCAUGAAAUGUAUAGAUUGUGGAUUUCAGGCUCACAAACGAUGUGCCGAUCUUGUACCGUGUGAUUGUGUACCUGAUAUUAAGCAAAUGAAACGAGUCUUUGGUGUUGAUUUGACUAAUUUAGCAAGAGCUGAAAAUAAGGCUGUGCCAACACUUCUCAUUAAAUGUAUCCAAGAAAUAGAACGUCGUGGUGGAUUAUUCUGUGAAGGUCUUUAUCGUAUCCCUGGAAAUUAUGAUCUAGUCGAAGAAUUACGUAUUGAAUUUGAUAAAGAUCCAGAAUUGGCCAAUAUAUCUGAAGCUCGUGUACGUGAUAUCAAUGCUUUGACAAGUUUGAUUAAAUCAUUUCUACGUCAAUUGCCUGUCCCAUUAAUCACCUAUGAAGCUUAUCCAGAUUUACUUGAUGUUGUUCGUAAUGACCGACUGGUGGAACAAGAAAAGCUUGAUUUAUUGAAGAAGGUGUUUUCUCGAUUACCAGGUGCUCAUUACGAAAGUUUACGGUACUUUAUCAAUCAUAUACACAGGGUAGCUGAAAAGCAAGAAAUCAAUAUGAUGACUACUGCUAACUUGGCUAUUGUUUUAUCUCCAACAUUAUUAAGUUCAUCGUAUACAGAUCCUAUAAGUUGUCUGGCUGGUACACUAUUUGAACAUGCAUUAAUUGAAUUAUUAAUAAAACAUUGUGCUUAUCUGCUACCACCAAGUGGACGAUGGUAUACAACACCACGGCCGAAUGAAUUAAUUGAUGGUGUUAUGCAUUCACCAUCACAUCGUCAUAGUCAAAUUAUUACUACUACUACUACUUCUAUUAGUAAUAAUAAUAAUAGUGGUUCGAUGACUAGUAUGACACCACCAGCGACAACAACACCAGCAACAGCAACAUCAGUUCCAAUAUCACCGCCUAGUAUAUCAACUUCAUAUAAAAAAUGGAGUUUUUUACGAAGUCGUUCAUCAACAGAUACUCGGCCAAUGCCAACUUUAUCACCGAUACCACCAUAAUGAAUGAGUGAAUCAAUGAGUGAUAUAGGUGAAUAAAACAAUUUCAAUAUCACAUCUUCAACUACCUAUUCUCAUUAUUACUUCUUCUGUUUUUAUAUCAAGGUUUCAUUUCUUAACACAUUCCAUAAUAGUCUUGGAUACUUUCUCUUAACUUCUUUCUCUUAUCUUAAUUACCUACAGAUACACUUAUGCAUCUGUGUAUAUGUAUAUAUACACAAUAUAUGAGUAACUUCCAGGUUUCUUCGCCUUUUUCUUAUACUUCUCUGUUUCGCCUUUCUGUUUUUAAUCCUGUGAAGGCACUUAAUAAGAAGAAAGCUGAUAACUGUAAAUCUUUUAUUACUGUCUUCCGUUAUUGUUUAACUUUCUCUGUUACUCCUAUUACUUCUUCUACUACUACUUCCUUUUUCGUUUGAAUUUUAGAAAUUACAACGAAAACAUACAAAUACAAUAUAUAUAUACAUAUAUAUACAUAUACUACUUAUUUUUGAGUUUACUUAACUCUGAGAAUUAUUGCUAAACUUAUAUUGAUUAUAUAUAUAUAGCCUCGUUUCUUCCCUAUUCUUCUUGAGAGAUGUAUUCAGCCUUUUUCUGCUUUCUUCUAUUUAAGAUUGUAUAUCAUUGAGCAAUCAUCAUAAGAGAUUACCGUACCGUCUGACUGUCUUUUUGUGAUGAAGAUAACUGAUUGAGAAUCAAUAUAUACAUCUCCCACGUUUGUUUGUUUGUUUGUUAUAUUAUCACAAUUUGUAUGAAAAAGUAUAGCAAGGCAAAUAAAACAAUUUGUACAUAUGCAUAUAUAUAAACAUUCAACAUAUAUUUCUGUUUAAUUAUAUGAUCUGUUUUUGUUUUAUCAUCUCUUUAUUUCUCCAAAAUACAAAAAAGGACGAAACUCUAUUGAAG